AAUAAAAUAAUAAUAUAUAAAAAAAUAUUAAAUUGUUUUCCAAUAAUGCUUGUUGCCUCGACAAUUAGAGGCUCGAAUGCCACGAAUCAUCAUCUCUCUUCAACCAACGUGCGUGGCCUUUCUCUCUUUCUCUCUCUCUCUCUCUCUCUCCUCUAUUCAAACCCCAAACCCAAGCAACUCAGGCUCUCUCUUCUCUCAUCCCUCUUGUCCUUUUGCUCCCUCUCAUCCCUCUUGUUGCUGCACCAUUCUCUCCAUCGUCUUCAUCAAACUGCCGGAGCCCUCCUCACUGCACCGUCGUCGUCAAAUCAUUGGAGCUAUCAUCGGUGGUUUGGACUAUCAUCACCUACCAGAAAAGCAUCUCUCUCUCUCUCUCUCUCUGUGUGUGCUUAUGUACUCACCUUAUAUGAGCUGCCAAGUGUCACGGACUGGGCGCUUGUCAUCCUCCCGAGAAGCCGGCUCCACGAGUGGUACUGCGUACCCCCCUGUGCAUUUUGCCCACGGAUCAACCUAGGAGAUGCGAUAGGGAUCUACCCUGCCUGCCUUGCCGCUCACAAACUAAUGCGCUUGCAAGGUGCUUGGUGUAGAACUCGCAUCCCUAAUGAGUCGGUACGUGACAUGCUACCACCGCCAGUCCCUGACGCCCUCAUCAGGGGGACAUUACCCUGCCUGUCCCCAUGCUUGUCCGUUCCCCUACCCACGGGAAACCCGCCCCGCGUGGACACCACCCCUGGUGUGGACCCCACAAUGAAGGUGCUUGGUGUAUGUCCCACGUUCCGUCCCCAUCACAGUGCCCCUAGGCUGGCUCUGAUACCACUUGUCACGGAUUGGGCGCUUGUCAUCCUCCCGAGAAGCCGGCUCCACGAGUGUUUCCUGUCAUGGUAUCAGAGCAUCUCUACUCCAACGAGUAUUGAUCCUUCUUCAUCUUCUUUCUUACAUUGA